AUGGCAGAGCCCAGGGCCGGCAGCCCGCCCCCAGCGGCGCUGGAGGAGGGCGAGGACUGCCCACCCGGCUUGGUCAGUGGCGCAGAGAACGAGCUGGAGGCUGCGGGCAGCCACUCCAGCCCGCCCUCGCUGAUCUCCGCCGCCAGCAGCGGGAGCAGCGACGAGGGUGACGGCGCACCGGGCGGACAGGGCCGCAGCCGUGGCGGUGUACGCAGCAGCGGCCUGCAGACCGGCUUCUUCGCGCGGCAGCAGGCGCCGCAGCAGGCGCCGGGGCGCGGCGGUGGCGGCGGUGCUGCCCUCGGCGGCCUGGACGAGAUUGACCGCAGCGACUCAGAGGGCAGCCAGGGCGACUUCCUGGAAGAGCUGUUCGACCCCCUGGAGCAGUAUGGUGAAGGGGAGGAGGCGGGGCCCGCCUUCCCCGGCUUUGGAGGCGGCCUGCUGGGUGGCGUGCUGCCGCAGCAGCUGGAGCAGUACAUGCAGGGCAUGGGGCUGAACGACGGCCUGCUGCAGCAGCUGCCAGUCCAGGACCUGCUGGGCAUGGUGAUGCGCAACGGCGGCGGCGGGCUGCUGGGGGGCGGUGGCGGGGGGCUGAUGUGGCCCUUUGAUGGCUUGCUGGCUGAGCCCAACGGCGGCGUGGUCAUGCCGGCACGCUCCAUGGCAGCGCUGGACCCUGCCAGGCACGCUGCCUGCGCUGCGGAGGGCGUGCCCCACGGCAGGCGGCAGGCCUCGCCGCGGGCGCCCGCGUCGCGCAGCCCAGCCGCCAGCGGCAGCGCGGCGGGUCCGCCGGGGGCGCGCCCGACGGCGCCGCAGCAGGCUGGCGGCGUGGGCGGGGGCCCGGCCUCCCUGGGCCGCCCCCUGCACAGGGUGGACUCUGCCAGCGGCGGCGGCGGCCUGCAGCGCGGCGACUCGGCUGCCUCCCAGGGCGGCGGCAGCAUGCUGCGCCAGGCGGCGGCGCUGGCGCCGCGCCAGGGCCGGUCGCGCCUGGCGGGCGCCUCUCGCUCAGCCAGGGGCGGCCAGGCCGGCAGCCAGGACAUGCGGGAGCUCUUGGGCGCAGCGUCUGGCCUGGACUCCCCAUCAGGGCCAACUAGCGGCAGCGAGGAGGGCAGCGAGGACGAGGGGCAGCGGGUGGCGCAGCGCCUGCGUGCCGCUCGCCCGACGGGCGGCAGCCCGCGACGGCGGCAGCAGCAGGAGGAGCAGGCGGGCCCCGCGGCAGCGGCGGGCGGCGCGGGAGAGCCGCCGCACCGGCGCCCGCGUCGCAACGCGGUGUUUGGACAGCUGCCGGGGCUGGGCCCUGGGGGCGCGGUAGCCGUGCAGAGCGCUGGUGCUGGCAGCGGCGGCGAUGCCACGCCCAGCCUGGCGUCCACGGAAGGGUCAGAGGCCAGCGGCGGCGCCGGCCAUAGCGAUGGGUCGCCGCCGCUACCGGAACCCUAUAGCCUGGGCAGCUCGCAGGGAGAUGCGCCGCUGCCGCUGCAGGCAACCGGGAGCAGCGACGAGGAUGAGGAGAGCGCGCCCGGGCUGGAAGGCAGCAUUGCAAGCUCCGAGAGCGUGCCUGGCAUGGUCAGCGAUGCAAGCAGCGACGGCUGGGCGCCGCCGCUGGCAGGCAGCGAGAGCGAGAGCGAGGCAGGCAGCGAGAGCGAGGCAGGGGGUGGCGGGCCUCGCCCCAGCGGCGCACCGUUCCUUGCGGCGAGGGGGCGGCCUGCUGUGGCGCCGCUGUUCGGGUUGACGCCAGGCGCCCCAAGACACGCGCAGCUGGCAGCGCUCGCAGCCCCGGCGCCGCGGCCGGGCUUCACGUCAGACCAGCGCACGGUCAUGCAGGCGCUGGCCUCCCUGCUGCCGCAGCAGGCAGACGGCGCGGGGUGGGCCGAGCUGGCCGCGUACGUGCGGCACGCCAGCGCCGGCGCCGGCGGCGGCGGCGGCGGCAGCGGCGGCGGCGUGCAGCUGCUGUCCCGCCUGGUGGCCGCCGCGGCCGGCCGCUUCCCUGCGGAGGUGGAGGCGGCAGGGCUGACGGAGCGGCCGCUGGGCCCGCUGCCGCCUCCACCCGCGCCCGCCGCUGCCCUGGCGGCAGCCGCCGGCCCGGGCUCGAGCACCGUCGCCGCGGCCGCCAGCAGCAGGGCGGCAGGAAUGCGGCAGCAGGCGGAGGGGGAGCAGGAGGAGGGGGCGCUGCAGGUCACCUUUGUGGUGGGUAGCCCGCAGGCAGCCCAGCAGCUGCAGCAGGAGCUGGGGCCGGGGGUAGCGGUGGUGGCCGAGGGCCAUCCCCCGCCGCAGCGCCCGCCGCCGCAGAUCACGCUCGUGGUGGGCAGCCCGCAGGCGGCGGCGGCGCUGCACCAGCGGCAGCUGGGCCCAGGGAUCGCGGUGCUCGCUGAGCAGCAGUACGAGGCUGAGCUGGCCGGCCGGGCGGCAGGGCCAGCAGAUGCGGCCAGCCAGGAUGCCGAGGAUGAGGCUGGCCUCAGCACCUCGGCGGCGGCGGCAGUCCCGCUGCCAGCGCCACAAGACGGCAGCCCCGCAGCCGCAGCCGCAGCCGCCGGCGCGGCGGCGCUGGGGGAUCUGGCUGCCUCCAUGCGCGGCCAGGGCCUGCAGGCAUCUGUGGCCACCACCGAGGCAGCGCUGCGCCUGCUGUCAUCGGGCAUGGGCGCUCAGCAGCCGCUGCCGCCCCUGGUGGCAGCCGCGGUGGUGGCGGCGGCUGGGCCGGCCCCUGAGCAAGCAGAAGAGUAG